AAUAACCAAGACCGGUGGCGGGCUAUCACGCCGAGAAGCAGUGGUUGCAUUGAGAAAGCUUUUAAAAUCUCGACCUAAUUUCCCACUCUCAACGAGCGCAAUCCAAGCCAAAUGUCGAUCAUGAGGCGGAGCAACAUCUUCGAUCCCUUCUCCCUCGACGUCUGGGACCCCUUCCACGGCUCCCCCUUCGACAACUUCCGCUCCCUCGCCGAGUCCCGCCCCAGCUUCGUCAGCGAGACUUCCGCCUUCGCCAACACCCGCAUCGACUGGAAGGAGACCCCCGAGGCCCACAUCUUCAAAGCCGACCUCCCCGGGGUUAAGAAAGAGGAGGUGAACGUGGAGGUAGAGGAGGGUAAGGUCCUCCAGAUCAGUGGCGAGCGCAGCAAGGAGAAAGAGGAGAAGAACGACAAGUGGCACCGCGUCGAGAGGAGCAGCGGCAAAUUCCUCCGGCGGUUUCGGCUGCCGGAGAAUGCUAAGGUGGAGCAGGUGAAGGCAACGAUGGAGAACGGGGUGCUGACUGUGACCGUGCCGAAAGAAGAGGUGAAGAAGGCCGAGGUGAAAAGCAUCGAAAUCUCUGGUUGAAUUCAAACAAGGUGCGGUCCGUCCUAGAGGCGUUCAUAGGUGAUGCAAAAGUCUGUUUCAAUGGAGUAACGAGAAUGUGUCGUCGUAUAAGUGUUUGCAUGGGUUUGUGCGUAUUCUUGUCUGUGAACGUUUGUCUGAACAAAUCUAAUGUAGUUGUUUGCCUCUUUCCAAUGAAAUAAAUGCGCUUUUUGUGAAUUUUGUUGGA